AUGAAGGCUUCGAUAAAUUUGGUCAGCAAGAUAGCAAAAGCGAAAGAAUUGAACAAAACAUUUUCAGGAACAUUGGCGGAUAAACGCUUUAAAGAUAUUGUUUCAGCCAAUACUAAUAGAUCAUUUAAACAUGAAGAUCAGAAUUUAAACUAUUUCAAGGCAGCAUGUAAAAUAGCAGAUAGUAAAAGUGCAUUAUUACAGAGGCUAGAGGAUGCUUCUGACUUGGUGAAGCAGAUGGAAAGGGAUCCCAAUGUUUUUCCAUCACGCGCAAUAACAUCAAUAUUGGAUAAGUUGUUUGCCAUGGAUCAUGGCUACAAGUUUGCAGAUUAUUACGACAGCUUUCUUAAAAGAAAGGGGCUUGAUUUGGCUUACUUCAGAAUGCAUCGGUUUCUUGUUUCAAAUGAGUACGAACAAGCAAUAGAGCUUUUUUGGGCCCGGUACGACUACUAUAAGCAGGCCGCUUGGGUCAACAUUUACCGAUUGAUGAAGAAUCUAAGAGCAUAUGAUCUUUUACGGGCUGCAUCUAUUCGUAACGAUACGGAACAGAUAAUGAAGCUUCUGGAGGUAUUAGAAAAGCAUAAAUUAAUGAGCUUUAAAAACUAUGCAGCGUGCUUGAAUGUAGCCCUUUUUAACAACAACUACAAAGUUACAAAACACAUUUAUAACAUAUGGGAACAAGUGGAACUUACUCAAUCAUAUUUGCAAAGGGUGGUCGAAAUUGCGAUCAGUAAUCAAGACUUAGAGUUUGCUUUGAAUGCACUUUCCAAGAUCGAAAGCCCAACAUUAAGCCUUUUUUACAUGAUGCGGAUUCCUUUAUUUAUUUCAAGUACCAACUGCUGGGAAAUAAUGGAUAAAACUUUUGAAGGCAUAGAGUGGAGAUUAAUAGAGGAAAUCGGAUUGCCACCAGAGCUUCAGAAGUUAUCACAUAUGGACGAUUUUGAAAUCUUGGAUGGAUACAUGAAUACAUUAUCGAAGUUAAAGAGUAGAACAACCAAAAAGUUGUUGAUACGAAGUCUAUUGUUGUCUAUAGAUAAUGGUCAAGGACAUUUCGGCUCGGCACUAUUUAUUUUGAACUAUCUCAACAGAAAUGACAUGAUCCCACUUCUUGGCUCCAAAGAUAUCGAUAUACUCUCAAAUCUUGCUUCACAUUAUGGUUCUAAGAUUGCCACCGUGUUAAUGGCGGAUCUUCUUGCAAAGCACAACAUUGUGAUCUCUCAAAAUAAUUACUAUGAUCUAAUGCGUGCGGAAUGCCACGGGACAGAACACGAAGGUUUAUAUUUAUUCGCAGUCAGGUGCUUGAGAGAUCAUGGAAGCCUUCCUAAACAAUCAGUUAACUUGAUAAAGGAUGUUGCAAGUCUAACAGACGACACAAAAGCAGCACGAUUCCUUGAAGAAAGGGAUAAUUUGCUAAAAGCAUCAAUGAUUGUGGACUACACAUAUCUUAGCAAGCAUUUUGAAUCUUUUGAGGAGAGGAUCAAGGCUAAGCACGUUAUAUUGAACGGAUUUGGCAAAUACGACAAGUAUCAAGAUCACACAAAUGUGCUGCUUCUAAUAUCUAGCGAGAAAUACGUAAACAUAAUGACAAAAUAG